UUUAAGAAAUAAUACUGACUAGUGGUUUCCGUUGCUGUGAGACAAAUUAUAUUGAUUGACAAUUUACUAAGCCUCCCCUCCCUCAAAAAUGAUUUAUCAUGAUUACUGAUACACAGUUUCCUGAUCCUGUCAGCYAAUCUAUCAUUUUACUGUGAAUGUCACGGGACUCUUCGCUGAUAGAGUACGACCCACCCCCAACAUUAAGACCUAGUUACAUUGCGUUGAAUUAUUUUCUUUUCCUUCAAUUAUGCUGCUAACGAAGUAGCUGAAGAUUAAUAAAAAGUGAGAUAAUAUGUUAAAGCAUGCUAAUGGGACUGCUUCUACUUUUGCAGAGAAGCGCAGAAGACACAWUCGACUGGCCGAAUCUUGCAGUACAAGUAUGGCGUCUUAUGAAUUGGACAAAGACGAGCACUACCAAGUGAAUAGCACCUCUAGAGAACCCGUUGACCAUGAAAGCCAGGAUGGAGUAGCCUUAAGGAGGCUCGAGAAGAGAAAGAAGAGAAGUAAAUUAAGACGUGUUCUCUCAARGUAUAAACUUAAGAAACCCAGACUUGUAAGCAAGCACGGUGGGUUGAAAGUCGUCGCGACCGACGUGUAUCAGAAGAAAAGCUUGUAUGCUUCAGACCCGUUCACAACUAUGAUUGAUGCUAAAUGGUAUUGGAUUAUGUUGCUAUUCGUUACUGCAUACAUGGGAAGCUGGCUUAUAUUUGGAUCAUUGUGGUUCUUGUUGUCUUUCGUUUACGGUCACAGUUACUGCGUGGAUAAUGUUAAUUCAUUCACUACUGCGUUCUUAUUUUCUCUUGAAUCACAGACAACGAUAGGAUACGGUGGACGACAAAUUACAGACAAGUGUGCAGAAGCUGUAAUAAUCCUCAAURUUCAAUCUUUAUUUGGUUGUUUUUUAAAUGCAUUUAUACUUGGCUUGAUCUUUGCUAAGCUUUCUCGACCCCGCAAUAGAGCAGGAACUAUAAUGUUUUCUAACAAAGCCAUGAUUGCUGUACGCGAUGGCAAAAUGUGUCUUAUGUUUCGAGUUGGUGAUGUUCGGAAAAGUCAAAUUCUGAACUGUCACAUYCGUGUUCAGUUAUUCAGAACUCGAACGACAAAGGAAGGACAGGUUAUUCCCUUUUACCAGCAAGAUCUCAAGCUAGGUAUAGAUUGGAACGAUGAACAAUCUUAUGGAAACAGUACAAUUUUUCUCAUCUUGCCUCUGACCAUAGUUCACGUCAUAGACGAAGAGAGUCCAUUCUAUACUAUGUCUCCCACGGAUCUGGCAGAAAGUGAUUUUGAAUUGGUAGUAAUUAUGGAAGGCACAAUAGAAGCCACAGGUCUUUUGACCCAAGCAAAGACAUCUUAUUUAGGUGAUGAGAUAAUGUGGGGUUUUGAGUUCAAAAACACAGUGGACAGAUCAAGCUGGAAGGCCGGGAGAUAUCGCGUAGACUUUUCGCAAUUCCACAAAUUUAUCCCAGUUGACACACCUCGGGUAUCUGCUAUAGAAUUUUACGAGGGAAAGCACUAUCCAACAUCAGACCAAACUUCCCAAAAUCAAAGCGAAUCCAGCGAUGRAAUCUUUAUUGACGACGAUCUAGAUGUAGUGAGAGAAGAAAGCGAAAUACCUCAAGYCUCAGCUAGUGGAGAAACCACGACGACGACUCGAGAUUUGAGAGAUCGAAAGUCGAACAGUCCUUCAAAAUCUACAUCAAAUGGGCCAGUUAGAAGAUACAUAAAUAACCCGGGUUACGAUGAGGGAGAUGAUUCAGACGUUUUAUUUGUUUAAAUCAAAUAAAAAUAUAGUACAAAUGUA